CCAAAUUUAUGCCGAUCCGUACUGUGUCUCCCGAAAUCGCCGCUUCCCUUCUCCUCCACUCCACGGCGGUCUUCGGCCGACCUCGUCGCUGGGCUGUGAGAUCUGGGCAGACGUUUUCGCACUUCGGCGAGUUGCAGAGGACACGGCGACCAGACGUUGAGGCGUACGCGCACUCCCUGUCGACACGAGAUCACAAGGCUAGGGAUUUCAGCGACGACCACCGGCGGCUACAGCUAGAGGAAGGGCUUCUUCAAGAGAGUCGCAGAAGGGAAGAUGAGGAUGUGUCUCCGGCUAUGACGGAUGACCUACGGACGGAGUAGACGAGAAGGCGGGAUGGAUGCGUGGCACUAUUCAUUGUCCGGGAGUGUAGAGCAUACUGGAUUUACCGCGAGUGAUUAUCAUUUUUCCUUUAUAAUUUGGGUGGGGAAUGUAGAGGAGUUAUUGUACAUGUUGAUAAACCACUGUUGAUACAGUCAUGUCUAUUGGUUAUGGUAGUUAUUCUGAUAGUAACGCAAUAUAAUCAUUUAAGUAGU